GAUAUUUGUAAUGGUGCCAAUAAAUCCUAGUAUUUUGAGAAUGGCCGUCAGUGUAGUUUUUUGAAAAGGUAUUUUACCCAGCGAGAUGCACAAGAAAACUCGCUUUAGUGUCUCGGAGUGAUAGGAAGUAGCAAACAGUGGUCCUUGAUGCAUAGUUUUUGGAAGCAUUUCGUUAAUUUUCCUUCUUCUCUUGCAAUUAUCUGGUAGUUAGAGUAGUUUCGUUUCAUGCCUUCGAAUAAUGAUAGAAAAUUACAUCAGUAGACUGUAGAUAAUGGCAGAAUCAUGUCCUUCAGGCAGAAGUAAUUUCAACCCCUUAUCUAGUAUUAAUCGAGAUUCAGAACUUCCAAAACAAGACUGCACCAGCCCUAGCCCUACUGAAACCGUUUGUCUAGAGUCGUUGUGUACCACUGAUAAUGCACCAGGUACAUCCCAGAAUCACUUAGCUCCAUUGAGUGAAAAACUAGAUGAGAUAUUUAGAAUUAGUCAAUCGGGCGAGGAGACUGAAAAAACUAGCUUUCUCAAUAAGCUAGGUCUGGAAGAAUGUGAUGAAGAAGACAGUUUUGAGAAGGAAGAAAACUGGGAGGAUUGUACUGAAGGAGACCUCUCUGAAGAAAAUCAAGAGCUAGAAGAGGACGAAGAUAGCAGUGAAGUUUUUUCAGGUUCACCUCCAGGUCCUCAUCAAACAACACCAAGGAGUUCGUACGCGAAGAGAAGUGGGUCGUACGCCACUGACAGAUACUGGAGAAAACGGAAGUUGGACGUGCAGAAUGGGUUUCCGUGCAAGAAGUUGCUACCAGAAAAGAAAUCUGACGUUACUUCGAUGUCAUCUGAGCCCUCUGCUCGUGCGCCGACGGCGCCCGAAACCAACGGUGCCACCCCUAGCGACAAAAAAUCUCGUCUCGUAAUCCCGACCAAAGACAAUCCGCCACCGGAAAUGUCCGAUUGGCUGACCCAAUUCCAAAAAUGGUCAAACGCGGAACGAAUUCUCGCAAUCAGCGAACUAAUCGCCCGCUGCGAACCAACUCAAGUCCGUCAUAUGAUGCAAGUGAUUGAACCACAAUUCCAACGAGAUUUCAUCUCAUUAUUACCACGCGAGUUGGCUUUGAACGUUUUAUCAUUUCUCGAACCGAAAGACCUUUUACGUGCAGCACAAACUUGUCGCAGUUGGCGUUUCCUGGCUGAAGAUAAUCUACUGUGGAAGGAAAAGUGUCGGCAAGCAGGCAUUGAUGAAAUACCUAAACGGAGGUGCUCACCUAGGUCUCCUGGAACGCAAAUGUCGCCAUGGAAAGCUGCCUACAUGAGACAACAUGCCAUUGAAAUGAACUGGAGGAGCAAACCGAUCAGGCCGCCUAAGAUGCUAAAAGGACACGAUGAUCAUGUGAUCACGUGCUUGCAGUUCUGUGGGAAUCGCAUUGUGAGCGGAUCGGAUGAUAAUACGCUCAAAGUUUGGUCAGCGAUCACAGGAAAGUGUUUGCGCACUUUGGUGGGGCACACUGGAGGCGUUUGGUCGUCUCAGAUGUCCGGUGCGACAAUAAUCAGUGGCAGUACUGAUAGAACACUGAAGGUGUGGGACGCCGAAACGGGCGAUUGUAUUCAUACGCUCAACGGACACACUUCAACUGUACGGUGUAUGCAUUUACACGGAAACAAGGUUGUGAGUGGUUCUCGUGAUGCAACUUUAAGGGUGUGGGAUAUUAAAACUGGGGCAUGUCUUCAUGUUCUUGUGGGACAUUUAGCCGCUGUACGAUGUGUUCAAUAUGAUGGCCGAUUGGUGGUUUCUGGAGCUUAUGAUUAUAUGGUUAAAGUUUGGAAUCCAGAACGAGAGGAGUGUUUGCACACGUUACAAGGUCAUACAAAUCGUGUCUAUUCAUUACAGUUUGAUGGCGUUCAUGUGGUCAGCGGUUCUUUGGAUACGAGCAUUCGAGUGUGGGAAGUUGAGACGGGAGCUUGCAAACAUACGCUUAUGGGUCACCAGUCCCUAACAUCCGGUAUGGAAUUACGAAAUAAUAUUUUAGUGUCCGGAAAUGCCGAUUCCACCGUUAAAGUUUGGGACAUAGUGACCGGUCAGUGCCUACAAACCCUUUCAGGACCAUACAAACAUCAGUCAGCCGUAACUUGCCUCCAAUUCAACAAUCGUUUUGUGAUAACUUCCUCGGAUGAUGGAACUGUAAAAUUAUGGGACGUUCGCACCGGCGAGUUCAUCAGAAACCUGGUGGCUUUGGACAGUGGUGGCUCAGGAGGCGUUGUGUGGCGGAUUCGCGCCAACGACACGAAACUAGUGUGCGCGGUUGGAAGUCGUAACGGCACAGAAGAAACAAAACUACUAGUGUUGGACUUUGAUGUCGAUUCUAACUCCAGUACCAUCAUUUCUAGCUGAGGAGUUUUUUUCAAAAAUCUGGUGCUGUUGAGUCCGGAAGUUUCUUUUGUGUUGUGUCCAAAGUACAAAUACUGUUUUAGGAUGAUGAGUUUGCAAUAUUUCCACACUCGUUGUUUGUUUAAUUGUAAAAUUCCUAAAUUUACAUGACAUGAUUUGCACCAGAGAGACUGAUUGUAAGUUUUAAGUUAAUGGCAUUUUAAGUAAAAUUACCACAUUAGUUUGUUUACAACGAGUAAUAGGCCAAGUGAUUGGUAAUUGUAUCACGUGGUUUAUUACGAAAGGAGAUUGUUUUUUUAGUGAGAGACGAUGUGGUUCAUGCUCAAGAUUCUUGUCAUAGCUCAACAUAAUUGUAUAUAGUCGAACAUAAUCCGUUUCAUCAUACAUCACUAGUUUAAUUAGUAUUUUUCUCAAUUAAUUUACUCAAGUUAAGUAUUUUUAAUUAGCUCUUGUCAAAAUGUCUAAUAGUUUAGUCGGCAAUCGAAAUUUUAACAAUUUUAGGAAUCCAUGUUUUAUAUACGAAAAUAGUAUCAAAUAAGAAGAGACGCUUAGAUUCUUUUAAGUCGGAUUUUUUCGUUUCGUUCAGACUUUUCAAAUUUCCUCGUUUUUGGUUGGUGAAUUUUAAUGUAAUCAUUUCAAAGUCUGGUGUUGUUAAUGUUAUAAUUUCUUAUCUGUAUUUGUUGUAUUUAUUUUAUAAAACAAUUACUCUU